AUGUCUGAAAAGCUGGAUGGCGUGCGCGCGUGCUGGGAUGGAGAGACUUUCCGCAGCAGGGAGGGGAAUCCGUUCUAUGCACCAGCGUGGUUUACGAAGAGGAUGCCGAAAGAUAUAACACUCGACGGCGAACUUUUCACCACCCGCGGCGGCUUCCAGGACUGCGUUUCAAUCGUGCGCACACAGAAUAAACCCGACGCUUGGAAAUUCAGCGUUACAUACCAAAUCUUCGACAUACCGAGUAUGGGGCACAAGCCCUUUGAAGAACGCAUCGCAUACCUCAAAGACCUCUUCGGGAGACUGCGCAUUCGCUGGGUGCACGUUCUCGAGCAUACAAUAUGCAAAGGUCGAAGACACCUUUUUGAUACUUUAGACAAAGUCACAGCCAACAAAGGCGAAGGGCUCAUGCUCCGCGAGCCCGGGUCACUAUACAUCAACAACCGUUCCAAAACGCUCAUGAAGGUCAAGCGUUUCUUUGACGCCGACGCUAUCGUCCGCGGCCACGAGCGCGGUUCCGGCAAGAACUCGAAUUGCACCGGCGCACUCCGCGUUGAGAUGCUCGACGAUAACGGCGAGCCCACCGGUAAGUUCUUUAAGAUUGGCACCGGGCUCACGGAUAAGCAGCGGCAGAACCCGCCGAAGAUUGGCAUCAUUGUGAUCUAUAGGUUUCAGGAGCUAUCACGAGAUGGGAACCCUAGGUUUCCGGCGCACAUGGUGUUUGUGAUGAAUAAGAGAGCCACCCGACUCGCAAACGCCGAGAACGCCGAGGAAUCUAAUCGCAUGUCGUCUAAGAGUGUAGAAGCGGAUUUCCGCAUAUUGCUUAAGUGGUCCAAACGUUGCGCUCCGGCGGAACUAGCUCGGUUUAGGCAGGAUGAGCGUGGGGCAAAUUAUCACAAAGGUGUAUUUUUAAGAAUUCAGAGAUGUUACUGUGGCGAGGAGCGGUGUGGCUCCACAUUGAUUAAUAAUGACAAACUCUUCUCCCCUCUAUUUAUCUACUGCUUGUAA